UACACUUUUUGCAUGAGGGCACUUGUCAGUUGCAUCUUUUGACAACUCACCCUUUCAGCAAUGAAGUGGGCCACUUUAAUUUCAUUUGCAAUUCUGAUCUCAGCUCACUGUGGGAAGUCAGACAGAAAUCGAGUAUGUGAAAAUUUCUCAGACAUAAAAGAAGAAGGAUUUAAAGCUUUCAUUCUAGUUGCUCUUUGCCAGAACCUUCCACAGAGUGGCUUUGAAGAAGUUGUUUUACUCGCGUUGGAGAUUACAGCUGCUGCAGGUGCCUGCUGUGGAGAGAACCCAUCUCCAGACUGCUUUAAAAAUGAAAUUGUGCUUUCACAAAGUGUAAUUUGUGCAUCCAAUGAGAUAGCUAACAAAAACCAUGUUCAAGACUGCUGUGCCAAAGCUGGAGAUGAAAGACAUCAGUGCUUCCUUGAACAUAAAAGAAGCAUUCCAAAGAAGAAGGAAGUGCAAAAAAUGUAUUCAGGAAAGGAAAAAUGUGAAACCUUCAAAAACAACAGACUGACAUAUGCAGGACUAUUUAUUUAUAGUUUCUCCAGAAUGCAUGUUAUGAUGCACCCAUUUAACAUCCUUGUCUUUGCCGGGAAAAUUGGUGCUUUGGCAGAAGAGUGUUGUGCACAGGAGGAGAAUUUAGACACUUGCUUUUAUGAGAAGGGUAGACCAGUUCGAAAUUACAUCGCUAGCGUUACUGCUCAGUCACAGUCCGUAUGUGCAAUCAGCAAAAAAUAUGGAGAACGAGUUAUCAAAGCAAAAAAAGUAGCUCAGUCCAGCCAAAAGCUGCCACAAGCCACAGCAGAUGAAAUUGCAGAAAUCAGCCAAAAUAUAACAUCCUCUAUUUUCACAUGCUGUUCUGGUGAUUCAUUCAAGUGCACAAAAAAAAUGAAACAAUUAAUAGAAGACAGUUGUGCGCGUGAUGAUAUCAUCUCAAGAACCAAACACCUGGCACAGUGCUGUAAGCUUUCAAUACUGGAAAAGGGAUACUGCAUUGAAAAUAUGGAACCUGAUGAGAAACCAGCAGACCUCUCAGAAAAAGUAGAAAGCUACAUUAAAGAUGCAGAUGUCUGUGAUAAAUUUGCUGCAGGGAAGGAUUUAUUCAUUGGCGGAUUCCUUUAUGAAUAUUCAAGAAGACACCCAGAAUUAUCUAGUCAGAUGCUUCUAAGGAUAGCCAAGGGUUAUGAAGACGAACUGACAAAAUGCUGUGCAACUGAGAAUCCUCCAGAAUGUUACGGAAAAGCAGAUGAAAAACUUCAUGCUGCCGUGCAAGACAAUCUAAGUCACUUUCAGAAAAUGUGUGCUAUUGUCAAUACGGAAGGAUUAGCAGCAUAUGUGAAGCUCAUGGUUAUCCGGUACACAAGCAUUAUGCCCACAGCAAGCUUUGAAGGAAUAAGGACAAUAACAUACAGAAUGGGUGAAAUUAUGCAAGAGUGCUGUGCAAAGGACCAAAGUAAACUAAUGCCAUGUGCAGAGGAGAAACUGAGCGAUUUGCUUGAUGAGACCUGUGCUGAAAAUGACCCUGCUACUAUAAACAAGAAUGUUGAAGCCUGCUGCAAUGAUUUCUAUUCACACAGACGGCUCUGCUUCCUUGACAUGAAACCAGACACAGAAUCGGCACCUCCAGAAUUCUCAGCUGAGUCAUUCCCUAUUACUGAGGCUGUUUGUACAAUGUCAGAUCAAGAUUCCCUGACAGCAUCGGUAAAACUUUUAUAUGAAGUUGUAAGAUUAAAGCCAACAAUAACAAUGGAACAAAUCAAGACUCUGACUGAUGGCUACAAUGCCUUGAAGGCUAAAUGUUGUGCAGUAGAGAGCAACCAACAAUGCUUUGAAACCGAGAGAGCAGCUUUCAUCAAUACAAGCAAAGACCUUCUCACUGCAUAAGGACAAAGUUUCUAGACAGAAGAUCACACUGGAGUGUUUUCUUGGUAUCUAGGAGAUAGAAAAGAUUUCACCAUUAUGUCAGUAAUACAAUUCAAGAGAAUCCUUACUAAACUGUCAGAAAUACAGAUAGUAUCAGAUCAUGUGUUGUGUUUACACCAGUGCUCAUAUAUGCUGAAAGAAAUGUAAACAAUAAAAAGCACAAACAAUAAAA